AUGAUGAUGCGCGGCCCACAGCGGACCCCCCGAACCGUCAUCGAUCGCGCGUUGGUCAUUCUCGUCGCGCUGAUGUGGGUCGCGGUGGGGCUGACGUGGCAAGCGGCCCGCUGGAACAUCCAGAAAGCGCAGAAGGAAGCUUCCAACCCGGACCAGCGCGCGCAAGCGCAGAAGGGCGACUGGUGGGAGGAAUCUAUGGCUGGCAAGCAGAAGGCGAAAGAAGUAGCAGCGGCGAAAGCGGCAGCGGCUAAGGAAGCGGGGUACGACAGCCAGAUUACGAUCGGCAGGAGUGGAAGGGAGUACGGCGGGGUUAGCAGCGGUGGGGGGAGUUCGCGGUAUGCUACGCGCGUAGCAGUAGGCGGGGAUCUGGGGGACCGGCUGUCGGUCGGGGGAGAUGAGUUGGACAAUUACGCUCGUCAAGAUGUUGCUGUAGUGGAUAACACCAAACGGAGACGGAUGAAAGCUAGUAUCGGGGACGGGCACUCGGAUCGGUCGCGGAUAUGGCACCCCGUGACGGAAGACGACGACAUUCAAGACGUGCCUAUAGACGUGCGGUCUAUAAAGAGGAUAAGACGGCGGACGGACAUGGACGGGGAGUUGGACUGGCCGAUCGAAGUGAUUUUAGGGUUUGACACGAGCGGUAUUAAGGGGUUGGAGGAGGUGAGGGAGGAGGUGAAGGGUCGGCAUCUGGUGUUUGCAUUUGAGGAGGAAGUGAGCAGCGAUGACGUGGCGCCUGCAUCUGUUAUCGGCAGGACACCAGAGAGGUACACUGUCUCAGCUUGA